AUGAAUAUUAAUAUUUCUUUUAUUAAUAUUUUUAAUUUGUUCAUAUUCAUUAUAUUUUUACACUAUUACAAUAAGAUUGCCUCUAAAACAUUUUGUAAUGAUGUUAAAUAUUUAAACGAAAUAAAAUUAAGUAAAGGAUCUUAUAGGUCCUUAUCAGAUGAUAUGGUUGGUAUGGCCAUGGAAACAUGUAUUUUAUGGAAAACCAAUUCAUCUCCAUAUGCUGUUGAAUAUGAAAAAAUAAAUGAUGAUGAAGAAUUAAGUAACCAGGAAAAAGUGAGUCAUAAAAAAUUGAUAUAUAGAAUAGAAAAAAUUAAUGAAUUAUACCAGAAUGAAAAUGAAAUAAAUAAAAUGAAUUCAGUUAAUGUGAAUGAAAAUAAUAAUAAUAAAAAAAAGAAAAAAUUUAAAAAGAAAAAAAAUAAGGAUUUAUAA